UUCCCCCGUCGAUGUUGCUCAGUUUGCUUGGACAAGCAAAUUUGACUUUCCAAACCAAAAAUAUAAGUCUGAAAAAUGAGUAAAAACUACUUCUUGGUGCGAGUCAUUCUCGCUCUCUGCCCAUUGGCGGGGCUGAGUGUCGCUCAAAUCCGACCAGAGGUCACGGUGGAAGCUGGCAAACUGAUCGGUACCACCGAGUUCUUUGAGGAGUCGGAGUUCUUGGAGAACAAGACAAUCGACGUGUUCAAGGGUAUACCGUUCGCCCAGCCACCCGUGGGGCCGUUGCGUUUCAAGCCCCCAGUGGCCAAAGAACCUUGGGACGGGACCUACAACGCCACCUACUUCAGGGAUUCUUGUAUUCAAGCCGAAUACCCGGGCGUACCUCCGAUGCCGAACACCAGCGAAGACUGCUUGCAUCUGAACAUUUUUGCACCAAAACCAGCAAUCGAAGGGGGCGUUGCCGUCAUGGUCUAUAUACACGGGGGUGGGUUCUUCCUUGGGUCCUCCGUGGGGUUUAACGGAUUGCCACUUGCCGCCUCUGGGGACGUCAUAGUUGUUAGCAUCAACUACCGAUUGAACGUCUUUGGAUUUCUGACAACAGGUGACGAGGUGGUACCGGGUAACGCAGGCCUUAUGGACCAAGUAUUUGCCCUCGAGUGGAUCAAGACGAAUAUAGCAGCCUUUGGGGGUGAUAGCGAACGGAUUACCAUUCUCGGGGUGAGUGCUGGGUCAGCCAGCGUCAGUCUCCUGGUGCUGUCACAGAUGUCGCGGGGGUUAUUCCAACAUGCCAUAAUGCAGAGCGGGACUGCGUUUUCUCCGUGGGCGUGCACGGACGGCAAACGGGAUCGGCUCCGACAGCAGGCUUUUGACAUGGGGGAGAAGCUCGGCUGCAGUGCACCGGACAGCGCAGCUCUGGUGGACUGUCUAAGACAGCAGGACGUUAUGGAUGUUCUUAACGUGUCAGUUCAGGCUUGGCUCACGGUUGCCGUGCCUCCUGUGGUAGUUGAUGGGACCUUCCUGGACGACACCCCGGCCAACCUCUACGCCACCGGGCGGUAUAACCACGUCCCGAUCCUUCUCGGUUUUACCAGUGCCGAAGGAAGCUCCUUUGUGUUGAACAACCCGUUUCUCGGUCCGGGGGCGAACGAGAAUCCGCCCUAUCUGACCAAGGAGGAUUUCGAUCGAGCCCUGUCCGCAGAAGUAGCCAAUAGUUUCUACGGUGAUUCUGAGGCCUCCAAUGCCCUACUCAUGGACGCUAUCAAACAACAGUACGUCGACUGGUCCCAGGCCGACAACCAAACCGCCAAUUAUCUCAAAUCGUACGUAGAGUAUCUCGGCGAUUUCGCUUUUGUCAGCGGAACCGACCGGGUGGCGCGCUACCACGCCCAAAGCGGCGACGACGUCUUCCUGUACCAGAUGACGCGGGUUAACGACUACAAGUAUUAUGAGACUUCGUGGAUGGGGGCGACCCACGCGUCAGACAUGUGGUAUGUGUUUGGCAUGCCAUUUGAGUCUGCCUUCCGGCCAUUUCUUGACCAGUACCGAGAGGACGUGGCACUCUGUGUCCAAAUCAUGAGAUUCUGGACCACUUUUGCGAAAACUGGAAACCCCAGUUUCGACGCUCAAAACUCACCGUCUGACCCCGAUAUGGGUUAUUGGCCCAAGUUUACUAUCCCCGAGUUGGAAUACAAAGAGCUUGACUUGAACCUCACGAACAAGAGAGCCCUCAAGAGCCAAAUAUUCCACUUCUGGAACAUCUUUACAGUUCAGCUCAGGACCAUGCUGGCUGACCAGGAUACUGUCGAACUGGAAUGGAAAGACGCUUUCUACCGUUGGAAGUACACGGACAUGGAAGACUGGAAAACGCAGUUCACCAAAUACAAAGAGGAACUGUAAAACUCCUCCUGCCUGAUAAUUCCAAGUAUAGAACCCCCCUACACAAAUUUGCCGAAUGAAUUGCUGCAUUUUAGAAAAUAUAUGGGCUUUGAGCCUUUCAACUGGGUAUUACACAAAACAAUGACUUAAAACGUAUGCAUGCGCUUUCUAGAUAUUACUGUUUACCUAAUACAGCAUCGCACACAUGAAAGAGGUUAAGGCUGAGUCAAUUCAAUUUAUUGUGCUAAGCUUUGACCAUCGAUCGAUUAUUCAGUUCUACCAAAUUCCUACAAAAGCAGAUGAAACAACAAGUUUCAAAUGUAAGUUUUGGCUGCACUAUGUUCGCAAGCAUUCAGCUGCCUUAUGCUUACUCAGAGAUCUUGAAAUAUACUUCUAGAGUGCAACUUUGCAACCUAGUAAUUAGAUUCCCCCAUUGCUGUUCACCUCCGAGUAUUCCAUUCCAAUGAACAAAGGAUCGAGUAUUCGAAUAAUUGGCCCAGCCCUGUCUGACAUAUGCAGUCCUGAAUCUGACAUUUUUAUUUUAUACAGAGUAGCUGAAAUAGAAAGUAGAAUUCUGUAAAACCGGAAUAGAUACGAAAUGUAGUCAGUGCUGAGGCUUUUUUCCAUAGACAAUAAAAUCCAAUCGAUUUAAUUGAACAAGUAGAACAAGGCUUGAAAACACAUAACCAAUUCCUGCACUUCUCUAUUAUACCCCCCCAAGACGAGGUUACACUCUACAACGUGCAUGGUGUUCCAGGAGCUGAAUCCUACUACAAAACUAACCAUAAGCAAAACAAAAAAAACAAACAAACAAAAAAAUUCUGAUGUCGUCUCUAUAUUUAUGAUUCCUUAUUCUUCAUGAUUUUCAGACUGUUCAUCUUUUGAUACGUCUGUUUCAAUCCAUUUUGGCUUGCUACGGUAUUCUAUUCCGUAUUGAUUUUCCUGCUUGGCUAAAUAUUUCCUCUCUGACGCUAUUCUUAUUGUUUUUAUAUUCAUUUUGUUCAUUUAGUCAGGUUCUUGCUGUAUUUUAUAUGCUUAAUUUAAAUGUUAAAUUACUUCUGUUUGGAAUCAGAAUCGUUCGUUUCGCGUUAACAGUUGCUGUAGAAGAAGGGCUGUGAUGGUGACACCAGAAUCCAAAAAAAAAAUCUUGCCCGUACGUAACCAUUGAUGUGAUGGUUUCUGUAGUCCACGGUGUAUUAGUAAAACCUCAGAUUUUUUACAUGCCUCCGAAGUUUCUUUAGCUAUACAGACAGCAUGUAAUCAAUGCACUAGCUGUUUCGUACAAAUUUCAUGUACUGUUUUUGACUAAUUCAUAUGAGCGAUUUGUAGCAAAUCUGCCACCGGAUGUUGUUCUAACUUAUGCAAGCUCCUUGCUAUUGUCUGUAAUCACGGUGACACAGACUUUUUCAGUCAUGUGAAGUGCGGGGUCUUUUACACUCUGUGAGAAGUUAUAGGCUAAGCAGUGUGACUCCAAAAGCAAACAAUUAGACAUAGUUUGCGCUGAUCGACCUCAACGACGACGCUGGUUGACCUUGGUACUGAUAAAUAUAUUCUCUUCAUGUGAUUGGUUCAUCUUUGGACCCCUCAAAGGACUUUGACAUGAA